UUAUCGCCCCACUGCCGCACCUCACUUCAGACCCCCACCGCCCAUUAUCAGUUUCCAUUCCCUUUACUAUUUUACACGCCAAAUCCUCACAAGUCACAACUCAACGCAUAAUUUCCAUUGGUCAACGAUCCGUAAAUCAAAAGUCAAUACAAAUAUCAAAACCCUAACCCCCAAAGUUUCCGACGAUGCAUAAUCAAAACCAAAACCACCACCAGUCCACGGCGGAAUCCGACCUGCCACCCCUCGCCAAAAUCAAAGUUCGCUCCUCCUCCCCACGCUUCCCUCCCCCGACCACUCCUUCGUCGACAGAAACUCCCACCGCCAACGCCCAACGCAAGAUCGGCAUCGCCGUCGACCUCUCCGACGAGUCAGCUUUCGCUGUCAAAUGGGCUGUUCACCACUACCUCCGUCCCGGAGACGCCGUUAUUCUCGUCCACGUCCGUCCGACUUCCGUCCUCUACGGCGCUGAUUGGGGCUCUGUUGACCUCUCCAUUGUCGAUGCUGAGAACGAAGAGUCUCAGCAGAAGCUAGAAGACGAUUUCGACAUUUUCACCACCACUAAGGCCUCUGAUCUGGCGCAGCCCUUGGUGGAGGCCCAGAUUCCUUUCAAAAUUCAUAUAGUUAAAGAUCAUGACAUGAAGGAGAGGCUUUGCUUGGAAGUGGAGAGGCUUGGUUUGAGUGCUGUGAUUAUGGGGAGCCGAGGGUUUGGGGCUACGAGAAGGGGGAGUGAUGGGAGGCUUGGAAGUGUUAGUGAUUACUGCGUCAGGCAUUGUGUUUGCCCUGUGGUGGUCGUCAGAUAUGCUGAUGAUCAUGAGGGUGGCGGAAAUGCUGCCCCGGGUCCGGUUGUUUCGGUUGGCUCUGUCGCUGAAGAGGACGAGGAGGAGCAGGAGUAUCACGAUGCCUCUACUGAGGAUCGCAAAGAUUCAUAACUGAUUCUACAAUAAUGUACUUCCUUGGUUCCGGUAGCAUUUGAUAGAAGAACUUUCAGCCUACGAGAUACAAGUGAGCUGUUGAGAGUCGAUUGACUUUCUUGAUGUGUGAUUCAUGUCAUGUAAAUGAACGCUAGUUAUGGUUUUAGCUCCUCCUCAUUAGCUUAGCAUUUGUCAGGCAUGUCUGGACAUCUGUACGGACUUCUUGUGGCCAUUAACCUUACUUGUCAUGUGCUCAUCUGUUAUAUAUGAAUCAUUCCUGUGAAGCUUUUGAUGUAUGAAACAUGAUGACAAAUCUCCUCUUGCUUAUGGGAGUUGGCAUUUUCAGUUCUCAUAAUCACGGUACUGCUCAAGUUUUAUGUUUCUA